UGUUUAGUGAUGUGUGGGGAAAAUGAGUAGAGGGGUUGAAGGUGAUGUGGCAGCUGAGGAGGAAUUUGGAGGUGGAAAUAGCAAGGAAGGGUGGAUGCUUAAACGGAGGAAGUUAAGGGGCGGAUGGAGGAAGGUUUAUGUCGUUCUGUCUGGUGAAGAGAUGAAAUAUGGGGAGACACGUGACAUAACAACAAGAGUCAUUCCUCUCGUGGGAUGUGAAGUCAACGCCUCACCUCCGUCUUCCUCCCACCAAUUCACAUUCAGUCUGAAAUUCACAAAGAGCAGCCGCGUCCACAACUUCGCAGUAGACAACGAGGACGACUACCAUCAAUGGCUACAAACAAUCUACUCGGCCCGCAUGGGCACAGACACAACAAAACACUCUGAUUUGUCAGAAGCAUGUAUUCUGCAGUAG